AUGGCAUCUUCUUCACCAUAUUUAGUAUCGAGUGCAUCAGAGGAAAAUAGUGGUGGUCUGCUACUAUCAAACAAUGAAAUUUUGAAAAACACAAAAUUAAGUCUACAUAUAAAUUCGCCAUUGGUUGAAUCACUGGCAUUGAAUCAGGUGAUUAACGCUGGAAAUACAUCGGGUACACCAAUUAGAGUCUGGGCAAAGAUGGAUGCACUCCAACCAUCUGGUUCAUUUAAAAUUCGUGGUGUUGGACUUCACUGUUCCAGAGCCGUAAAUGAAAAAGGAGUUAAACAUUUAAUUUGUUCAUCAGGUGGAAAUGCUGGAAAAUCAGUUGCAUAUGCAGGACGUUGUUUGGGUGUGAAAACUACUAUCGUUUUGCCAAGUACUAUUCCUCUGGAGACAAGACAAAAGAUACAGGCAGAGGGAGCAGACGUUCUGGUGCAUGGAGCAAUCUGGGAUGAAGCCGAUGUUUUGGCGCGACAGAUAGCCGAGCGUGAAGGUGUCGAUGGUUAUAUUCAUCCAUUCAAUCAUCCGGAUCUCUGGGAGGGACACUCAACGUUGAUCGACGAGGUCUAUCAAUCGGUGCAAUCGGGACACGCCGAGAAGCCAGAUGUAAUCAUCUGCUCGGUUGGCGGUGGUGGAUUGUUAGUUGGACUGGUCAAUGGAUUGCAUCGUGUCGGCUGGCACGACGUCCCUAUCGUAGCAGUGGAGACACACGGCGCCAAGAGUUUGGCUGGCUGCUUCCAAGUUGGCCACCACACAAAGUUGGACGCGAGCGAAGUGACUUCGAUCUGCAAGACACUGGCGACUCGCGCCGUUUGCGAAGAAGCAUGGGACUGCACCAAACGACACAGAAUAAUACCGGUACAAGUAUCGGAUUUGGCAGCCGUUGAGGCAUGUUUGAAGUUUGUCGAUGACGAGCGUGUCCUCGUCGAACCGGCUUGUGGUGCAUCACUCGCCAUCAUCUAUCAGUUGAACGAAGAACUUCUCAAACUCAAUCCAAAGAACAUUCUCUCGAUUGUCUGCGGUGGAAACAACACAUCGAUCAAACAACUCUUUGAGUUCCAACAAUCGCUAAAAGAAAAAGAACUUACAUCGCUAGUCACAGAAAUUGCAAACCUAACGACGACGGCAACGACGAAAACGUCAACGGAAACGAUUCCAGAGACGACAAAUAUUACAACAACUCCAAUUUUAACAACAAAUAUUACAUCAAUCACAGCUUAA